AUGAUUACGGUAUUCGCCAGCAUCUGCGAACUCGAGGACGCAAGCGAGUCCGCUUGGCCGCUAUUGACCUUCAGGGGCUGGAUUCCCACGGACAACGACAAGGGGCUGGAUUCCCACGGACAACGACAAGGAUGGCACGUGGACGGGCAUGUCGACGAAUACGCGAAGCUUUUGGCGACCAUAUUCUUCUACAAGGAUGAAGCGGCGUUUGGCACUGCUCAUUUGACUCCAGCCCAGCUGAUCGAAAGCAUUGACGGCGACGUCGAGGGCUACGUGAACGUGAUCCGCUACUCCAUCCUCCAACUCCCGAAGAAGAAGACGACAGCCACCUGUCCAUCUUUUUUUUCCUUGCGCAAGCAGAGAGAACGAGGUAACGCCAUCUUCCGGUACUGGAAGAAUGGCCUGAGGGAGACCAUGCCGGCGACAGAGUUUGCCGGCAAAGGAUGGAGCGUCGACUCACGAGGAAAGGGGAGCGACGGCGACGAGCUCACAAAGGAGAACUGCGUGCUUGACCUGUCCGAGUAUGCUUUCAUCGCCCCUGACCGAAAGACAGCCACGCUUGCGUGUGGUUGCAAUCCGGACACGGCCCUUUGCAACAGUGUUGCCAAUGCCAUGGCACUCUUUGCCGCCUCUAUGAGGCAGCAGGAAUCGCAUGGAGCGGACGACGUGAAGGCGGGGACUCCCGAGUCGCCUGCGAGCAAGGAUGUUUCCGCCGGCGAGGCCGCGGAAUCUAAGAGCGCAGAGUUAAAGGACCCCGAGUCGGACGAGAACGGCGACGGUUCGGUCGGCGCACUCGACGAUUUGAUCAAGUUAGAUUCGAGCGAAUCUAGCUCCAGCGAUGGGGAACCUGACGGGGUGAGCGAGAAGAGCGUCGACUCCAACUGGAGUGACGGAGACACAGAUGAUGGUGUUGCGGAUCUCGUAACCGACGCCUGGAACUGAGAUCUGGCUGCUUCUUCAGGCAGGUACAUAUAUCGUUCCUUGGGAUUGGGAUUGGGGAUGUCUUGCCCGGCAUUAUUGCACGUCAGAUCUCGACGUCGUACCGAAAGACCGUGUGGUCUGAUUGAUUCUAACUCCAUGUUUCAAUGACAUAUUUCGCACGUCUUUGUUGGUGGUUGAACAGGUCCGUCGGUGCUUCACUUCCGUCGGAUGCAUCCGUCCACGAAAUACGACGACCCCGGGGUACGAGAUAUCAGACGGACGAACAGCGCGCGCGUUUUCUCCCCUGUAUUUCCCUACCCAAUUGCACAGGGAGGUGGACGGGGGGGGUUAUUUUUCGGCCGCGCUGGGUGUCCGUUGUUUAUUGGCAUCGUAUUUUGUUAGUCGCAAAUUGCCUGAAAGGUACGGAAGUGCUAUGUGCGUUCCGGGCCUGCCUGUGUCGUUUGUUUCUGACUGUAAAUAAGGUGUUUGUUGUUUCCUUCAGUUCGGGCAUGAUGUUGAUAGGUGUGGCCAACCCGGGGGGGGCAGUCUUGUGUGCGGUGUUCGUGUGCAAGUAUUUCCUUGCGUUUUCGGCACACCCAAUGCUCAGUGCGUACAAUGUAUUCGUAUGCUUUGAGCAAAAAUACUUCAACAAUUAUAAUGUUUUAAAUCUAUUAAUAG